AACAUGCUGUAAGUACUCGCGCUGUGCUGUAAGAGAAUUUGCAUCUUUCCCGAGUUCUUUAAAGUGUUCGAAAAAGGAAAGUGAUUCUUUGCAUAUUUGUAUAAACUGCAAACAUAACGAUAUGCCAGAAUGAGUUUAAAUUUGAAUUUAAUUGCGGCAGCAUGCGAUGGCAUGGGUAUUGGUGUAAAAGGAACUUUACCAUGGAAACUGAAAAGUGAAAUGGCUUUUUUUACAUCAAUGACUUCGAAUACGAAACACCCAGAUAAAAGGAAUGUUGUUCUUAUGGGACGAAGGACGUGGGAAUGCAUUCCAAAGAAGUACAGACCGUUACAAAAUCGAAUAAACAUAGUUCUAUCGUCGCAAUUUUUGGAUUACGGAAAAGAUGCGAUCGUAUGUAAAAACAUUCCACAUGCUCUUGAAAUCAUUGGAAAACCUCCACUGAAAGAUCAAAUUGAGAAUAUAUGGGUUAUAGGAGGCAGUUCUGUGUAUAAG